AUGACAAAUGCGGAACCUCUGACCUUCUAUCCUGCGUAUUGCUUCCAUCUGUCCCCGACGAUAAAUAAAUGGUGUCCUUUACGCGCCGCCGACAUCCAGGGUCUUGAAGGUCGACCUGGAUUUGAAGGUGACAAUGUAUUCUUCUCCUUAAAUCACCCUAUCCGCUGGGUCCGGAUAGUCGGAGUUGUGGUUGCAAUAGACGAGUAUUAUGGCCGCCGAAACUACACUGUUGACGAUAGCACUGGUGCGUGUAUCGAAUGUAGCAUAAAUAUCCCGAAGCCAGUUGAUAGCCGAUAUCGGAACAACGCAGAGGUUCCGGCCCCCGAUCCAUAUCCGGAUAUUGACAUCGGCAUGGUCGUCGAAGUUAAGGGUAGUACGAUUGUCUUCAGACAACAGAAGCAGAUCAAGGUCCAAAAGUUACAGAGGGUUGGAUCCACAAAUCAAGAGGUCCAAUUCUGGGAUAAGAUUAUCAAUUUUCGCAAGGACGUUUUGAGUAAACCCUGGGUAUUGGAUAAGAAAGAGGUUCAGCGUUGUAAGAAGCAAUAUAUGGCGGAUGUGGACUCUAAGGAGAGGAAGAAGAGGAGGAAAGAAAAAGCUCUUGCUAUUGACAAACAUAAACGGGAUACAGAGCUUGAGGACAAGAGCAGGGAGGCAGGCAAAUCUAUGAGGGAAGAGUCUCCGGUCAUGCCAAGAGCCCAAAGUCCUUAUUCCAAAGAUCAAUACAGCGCAUUAGGACUGUGA